CGCGUGUGUGGUUUAUUUCUCAUGCGUUACCCAGGAGUAGCAUAUAUUAUUUCACACAUCUAGUCUAUUUCAGAUUGACAUUGAAACUAUAUUGACAGGCACCGAUUUGAUAAGAAGCCGUUCGAAUUUUGUUUAUUCUUUUAUAAGUGGUAGCACACCAAUCAUGUACUGAUCAUGGAAGCAUAUGCCAAAAUAGGAUAGUCUAAAUAACAGACUCAGUAACUUCGUUAGCAAGAGUGUUAUUUUCUGGAAAGGAUUUAAAAAUAAAACCAUGUCUUCCGAAGAAAAUGUACAAAGUUCUAAGACCCGCGAUGUACUAGCCAUCGCAGUGUCAGCGUUAUUUGCAGUUAUCUUUUUCAUUUCGGGCUUUUUUUUGCACAAACACGAAGUAACACGACUUAUUCUGGAUGAUCGAUUGAAAAUGCGUGAAUUCAUGCCUCAUUUUAGAUGGUGGAAAAAUACAUCUGACGUAUUGGUCACAUGUAAAAUCUAUGUCUUCUCUGUUACAAAUGAACAACGGUGGAUGGAGGGAUUAGAGGACCGCCUCAAUUUCGAAGAAGUUGGUCCGAUUACGUAUCGUGAAACACUCGAUCACCUAGACAUCAUAUUCCAUGCAAACAAUUCAACAAUGUCCUACAAUUCCCAUCGGCAGCUGGUUUUUAUGCCUGAGCUUAAUGUGGAUGGAAUUCUGAAUAAAACAAUAACUGUGCCAAAUAUUGCAGUCCUAGGAAUGGCAGCUAAAUUGCAGAACUCCAGUUCUUUUGUGAAAUGGGGUUAUAGGCUGAUACUAUCGAGCUCUGGAGAUAAUGUUUUCAUAAACACAACGAUUUAUAAUUAUCUAUGGAACUUAACCAGCCCAAUUAUGAAAUCUGCUCGAAAAAUUGUGCCUUUUAUGGUUCCUUUAGAAAAUAUCGGCGUGCUGAGUGUGAUGUAUCAAAACUAUAAUGAUCGUGUGAACAUCCGCCAUGGAAAGUUAUAUGGGAACGAGCAAUUCUUCAUGAUCAAUACAUACAGAAAUCGUCCAACAGUACCUGGCUUUAUUCCAGAAAACGGCGAUUGUUUCGCAUCAAUAUUGAAUGCAUCAGAAGGAGCUUCUUAUCAACAGAACCUAAACGAGAAUUCUGUGCUUAUUUACUGGCGACGAACGUUGUGUCGUGCGGUUCCACUGUAUUUUGAUAAGAAAGUGCAUCGCGGGCCAUUGGUCGGAUAUAAAUUUGUAUUACCAGAUGACUCCUAUGAUCGUUUACCAAAUACUUCAGCAGAUUGUUACAAAGGCCAAAGUGAUUCAUUAGAAAAUGGCAUGACCGAUAUGUCAAAGUGUCUAUUAGAUUUUCCAGUAGCAGCGACUAGCCCACACUAUUUUGCUCGAAAUCUAUCGAGGGCACAGAAAAUAUCGGGAAUGAUGCCUGAUAGAGACAAACAUUACAGUUAUAUAAUUGCUGACCCCUCCUUUGGCAUUCCACUCGACCAGUGUGCAAGGACUCAAAGCAAUUUGGUAUUGCCAAGAGUUAAUGGUUUCUCCGACGAAAUAAUGAAAUUUAGUGGGAUGAUCCUGCCUAUGUUUUGGAUUGAAUAUCACCAAAGCGAACUGCCCGAGUACAUUGUUAAAUCACUGCAAAUAUUUUACGUUAUCAAAUCAGCUCAACCGUAUUUACCGUACUUCUUUUACAUUAUGUUCACCGUGUUUUUUAUAACAGGCAUCCGUAAGGCACAACUAUACGACAUUCGUAUGAUCGAGAAUCCGCCUGCGCCUCUAAUACCCGGUCUCAAUCCAAACAGCAUUUGUUCAAACAAUAAUAAUAAUAGCGCAGAUAUUAUGGAGAAUAGCUUUAAUAUAAUUAACAAUACUGAUAAUAUUAAUAAUAAUAGCAUCAAUAAUUAUAUCCUCACAAAGAAUUGA